UAGUGGUGACCUGGGGAGGGUGGACCUGUUAGUGAGAUGUUCGUCUGGUCCUUGCCAUAAUACUGCUAGGUUUAGUCCGGCAGGCUCCUAGUCAAGGCUUGAGCCACGCCACGCCACGACUCUGUGGCACAUGAGAAGAAGACAUAGACCAGUACAAUGAAGGAAGAAUUCUGUUCUUUCCCUUUUCAAGCACAUCUUCAAUACAAACAAGAAGAAAAGCGUCGUGGUUCUAAGUCGAGUACUCGGAUGCUUGGGGUUUUCAUCUGUAGAUACAGCGAUACAAAUACCAGGUUGAAGAAUGCAACUAGCGGAGGAGUGAGCCUGAGACUCGAGAAAGAUGCAGUCGUUACACCGGGUGGCAAAAGGUACCAGUUGGUCGUAAGGCUGACUGAGGAACCGUUCGCUGCUCCGGGAGACCCAACAGCAAGCAGAUGGAAAACGAUAAAUGCCGGGAUGCGAUGGCAGCUUCAAACACAACCAGCGAAUCGACAGUCCAGACAGGUACCAGGUAAGAAACGAAGAAAGAGAUCGAUAUGCAACAGGCCAGUGAAGGCGAGCGGGGCUGAACAAAGAGGGGUAGUUUCACUUGUCACGCAGCAUUAUUGAUUGCUCAGGGUGCAAGCAGACGAAGAGGAUUCGACGUUGACCGCAGGAGUGAUAUUUUUAUGGAAUGGCGGACCAGCCGUGAACAGGCAAGCAAGCAAGACCAGACGGCGUGUGUGUAUGGAUGCCAGUUGUUGUCGCGAUUCUGCUAAGCAAUGAAGAUCGCUGAUGGUCGGGUUAAGGUUACGGUCGGGGCCCUGCCUCGACGCAUUCCGGGGAGUCCCCACUGGUGCUUUGUCCAGCACUAUUUGUCUGCCCAGA